UAUUGACUUGUCCUGAGGUUACGGGUUUCUGGAUUCACCACAACAAUUGCGGUAACGAUGAUCCGAAAUUGGUGUGUCCAUAUCUGUUUCAGGAUUUCAAUUUGCAUUCAUUUUCCGUUCUGAAUUUAUCUUUUUGCAUUAACAUGUUAGAAAAGUGUUUGGGAGCUCAAAGGGCGCGAAGAUUCCAGAGAGCUCUCAGGCAUUGCAAGGUCACCAUCCUCUGCCUGCUCCUCACCAUCGUUGUCCUGCGCGGCACCAUCGGUGCUGGAAAAUUCGGCACGCCGGAGCAGGACUUCAUCGACAUUCGCAACCGUUUCUACUCCCGCAAGCUCCCUGAGAAUUACCGCCACCUCGGUGAGCUUCAAUCCACGACGUCCAACGAUUCCAAUUCCACCACCGACUACAAUGCCUUUGACAUCAACACCAUAUUGGUCGACGAACCAGAAGACGUGAACCGCGAGAAAUUGAAUCCGGAAGAGCCGUAUCGUCUCGGCCCCAAAAUAUCGACCUGGGACGAGCAACGAUCUCGCUGGCUUCGCAAUAACCCCAAUUUAUCUAAUUUCGUUCUGCCCAACAAGCCUCGUGUGCUUCUGGUAACUGGGUCAUCGCCGAAACCCUGCGAGAAUCCCGUUGGGGAUCAUUACUUGUUGAAGUCAAUUAAGAACAAAAUUGACUAUUGUCGUUUGCAUGGGAUUGAGGUGUUUUACAACAUGGCUCUCCUUGACGCUGAGAUGGCAGGGUUCUGGACCAAGCUUCCUUUGAUUCGGAAGCUUCUUUUGUCUCACCCUGAGGUGGAGUUUAUAUGGUGGAUGGAUAGUGAUGCCAUGUUCACGGACAUGGCGUUUGAGGUGCCGUGGGAGAGGUAUAAAGACCAUAACUUGGUGAUGCAUGGAUGGGAUGAAAUGGUUUAUGAUGAGAAGAAUUGGAUUGGGCUGAACACUGGGAGUUUUCUGCUGAGAAAUUGUCAGUGGUCUUUGGAUAUUCUCGAUGCUUGGGCUCCAAUGGGGCCUAAAGGGAGGGUUAGGGAUGAGGCUGGGAAAGUGCUGACGCGUGAGCUCAAGGAUAGACCUGUUUUCGAAGCUGAUGAUCAAUCUGCCAUGGUUUAUCUGCUGGCUAAGGAUAGGGAGAAAUGGGGUGAUAAAGUUUAUCUUGAGAACGAUUAUUACUUGCAUGGUUAUUGGGGGAUUUUGGUUGAUAAGUACGAGGAAAUGAUUGAGAAUUACCAUCCUGGUCUCGGGGAUCAUAGGUGGCCAUUGGUGACUCAUUUUGUGGGGUGCAAGCCUUGUGGGAAGUUUGGGGAUUACCCUGUUGAAAGGUGCUUGAAGCAGAUGGAUAGGGCCUUCAAUUUUGGAGAUAAUCAGAUUUUGCAGAUUUAUGGAUUUACGCAUAAGUCUUUGGCUAGUAAAGAAGUUAAGAGAAUACGGGAGGAGACUAGCAAUCCCCUUGAAGACAAGGAUGAACUUGGGUUGCUUCAUCCAAACAUUUAAAACAGUUGAUGUAUCAUCUUCUAGGUCAGUUUCGCUCUUUUUGUAAGGUUAAAUACUCAGAAAACUCGUCAUCAGGGUGCUUGUUAGUGCAAAAAUCCGAUACUCUUUCUGUAUGACCGAUAUUUUCUAUGCACCACCCCUACUUAAUAGGUAAAUUUAUCAUUAUCUUAUAAAACUAAAAUCAGCCAUUUGUUACAGGAAAUAAAGUUCAACAACUCAAUCAA